CCAGAGUUGGCUAGAUUUAAUGGCGGGAAGAUGUGGUGGGCCUGUAUGUUGCGCAUGAGCCCAGCCGAGCUAUUAGCAUAUCUGCAGAGAUGGAGACGGAUCAGGCCCACGCAAGCUGCUCCUGCCUUCCUGGGGAGCGACGACAGCUCAGGUGAGGUGGAGCCCCCAUAAUGUGACCUUCCUCGGACUGAUUGAGCCUGGACGAUGCCCAUUACCCAGGAGAACUCGCUGAGCUACCUGGCCCUGCUGGGGGGCUGGCUGGAGGCUACGGAGAACCACGCGGGGCAGGGCGGCAUGCACCCAUGCCAGGCCGCCGUGCGUAAACUGGUAGAGUACAUACAGCUAAACUUUGUGGAAGGGGACAUGGCCCUGCAGCUCGUGACCCCUCAGGAGGACAUGGACAUGGAGGUACGUGCCAUCUGGCUGCACAAGGCCCGUGGCGAUGGCGAUGAGUUCGGCCUUAGCUUCGGGAACAUCCCUAUUUUUGGGGACCCUGAGGGUCGCAAGAAAGGGCGUCAGAGGCGGAGGAAGGGCGACAAGGGCCCUGUUCUCGAUGUUGGCUGCAUCUGGGUGACAGAGGUGAAGAAGAAUAGCCCCGCCGCCCGCUGCGGGGACAUCAAGCUGCGGGACGAGCUCCUGUCCGUCAACGGGCAGCUGAUGGUGGGCGUGGAUGUCACCGGGGCCAGUUACCUGGCUGACCAGUGCUGGAAUGGUGGGUGCAUCUAUCUAAUCAUGCUGCGGCGUGUCAAGAGGAAAGCCCCUCCGCAACCAUGCCGAGACCCUGGCGGUGAAGAUGCAGACAAUGUGGGAGAGAACUGUGGCAGCAUCUCUUCAGAGUCUGGGGGCAUCCCCACACAGAAUGGAAAAAGGACACGCAAGUUUGGCGUGAUAUCACGGUCGUCAUUUAACUAUGACAGCAAGGACAGUACUGACCUUGAGGACGGAUGCUGCUCCUCAUUGGACAAAGGGAUUGUCUCCCAGGGCAAUGCACUCACAGGGGUAGGGUCAGCGUCCAUCUCCUCCAAACCAAUGCAGACCCAUAAACCCUACAAGAGGUCAUCUGCGACCUUACCUGCCCACUCCUGUAUGCCCCUUUCUGCUAGCUGCAAGACUGAGUCUUUGGACUGUGACAUUUCUAGUCAGUCCAGGGACGGUAGCCGGCUAUGGAAGAUGCACAUGGUGAAAGGGAAGGACGGCUUGGGAGUUCAGAUCACAGGCGGCCGGGGCUCCAAGCGACCCCCCCACGGCAUUGUUGUGGCACGCGUCGAGAAGGGGGGUUCUGCUCAAAGGGACGGCAGGCUGAAGGCGGGGGAUGAGCUGCUGAUGAUCAACGGGCAGUCGCUGGUGGGCCUGGCGCACCACGAGGCUGCGGCCGUCCUGCGCUCCGCCGCAGGGGUGAUCCAGCUGGUGGUCGCCAGCAGGGAGGAGUCUGCUGUUGAUUUCCAGAAGUACCCCUCCACCAGUUUGCCGGAUCUAGUAAGCACAUGUUCAUCGAAUGACCCCAACUUAUCCCCAUUCAACAACAAGGAGAAUGUGGAGCUGGGGGCGGAGGAUGUCUCAGCUAGCAGCCUCUCCUUGCCGACACAUGACUCGUUCCCAGAAAUGGAUAAAUUGGACGAGCGAGGGAGGAUGGAAGGGCCGAAAGGAUUUUGUCGCAGUCCCACCUCCAUGAAGUUCAGAAGUCGAUCGCAAGGUGGAGGCAGCCGUUUGGAGUCAGUCGGGGAGGAUGAUGAGUUAAUCGUGGAGAACGGGGAUGCUGGCAGCGACAUGAUGGAGAAGCCGACUCGAGGGGGCCGCAAGCACUCGCUGCCCCACCAGCUGGACACCACAGGCGUCCGACAGUUUGUUGGAUGCUCUCAGGAAUAUCAAAUUGUGAAGAAAUCAGCACGCUCCUUAAGCACCGUUCAAGUGGAAUCUCCAUGGAGACUGGUCCAGCCAUCCGUUAUCUCAAAUAUUGUACUGAUGAAAGGACAGGGGAAGGGGCUGGGCUUUAGUAUCGUAGGUGGACAGGACUCUGCCCGCGGGAGGAUGGGCAUUUUCGUGAAGACCAUUUUCUCGAAUGGCGCCGCCGCUGCAGACGGACGACUGAAAGAGGGGGAUGAAAUCCUGGAGGUGAAUGGGGAAUCCCUGCAGAGCCGCACUCACCAGCAGGCCAUCAACACCUUUAAGCAGCUGAAGAGAGGCGUGGUGACCCUGACAGUGCGCACACGCCUGUGCAGCCCGAGCCUCACUCCCUGCCCCACACCGGCGCCGCUGAGCCGCUCCAGCUCUCCCAGCUCCAACGCCAGUGGGGGGGCACCCAUGCCCGCGGGGCCCGAGGAUGGUGAUGCGGUCUGCCGCAAGGGACCCGGGCCCAAGGAUCGAAUCAUAAUGGAAGUCACUCUCAGCAAAGAGCCAGGGGUGGGCCUGGGGAUAGGGGCCUGCUGCCUCACUCUGGAAAACAGCACCCCAGGGAUCUACAUACACAGCCUAGCCCCCGGCUCUGCGGCAAAGAUGGAUGGGCGGCUGAGCCGUGGUGACCAGGUCCUGGAGGUUGACUCUGUCAGCCUUCGCCAUGCUGCCUUGAGUGAGGCCCACGUCAUCCUUAGCGAGUGUGGACCGGGCCCAGUCAGCCUUCUCAUCAGCCGCCACCCCAACCCCAAAGUCUCAGAACAGGAAAUGGAUGGAAUCAUCACUCGCAGCAGCCAGAGAGAGAGCCUGAGCAGGGACCACCACUCCUCCCAUCCUCUAGGCAUCCCCUCCAAAAGCCCUUCACCCUCUGUGAGAGCCAGGCAGGGUGAGGCCUCUGCCCCUCUAAGUUGGACUAUGAAGAGAUUCCUUGAGCCAGCCAGCAGGCAGAGCUCCUUGAGUUCCGAGGCCGAGCUCUCGCAGUACUUCUCACACAGCGUCCCCAGUCAGUCCUCACUGUCAGAGAGCGCAGUGACAGGCUCCAGUGAUGACAACCCACUGCCCCAUAGGAGCUGCAGCGCUUCAUUAGACGAGGCAGGAGCUCCGGCUCGUGCUGCAGCCUCCGCAGGUGUGAGCAUGGAUAGUGAGGCUGUCUGUCCAGAUGAAGCCGUAAAAAUCCCUGAGCCCAUGGACCGGCAUGCGGAUCAAGCCAGACUCUGCAGCAUCCCCGGUUCCAUCCGCAGCCCUCUGCUCCGGCAGCGGCGCGUCAUCUGUUACGAUGACGAGGCCAGCGACGAGGACGAGGACCCCCGAUGUGUCUCGGACAAAAAGAGGCUUUUUGGGAUGCAGCCAAAAGCUGAAGCAGAGUGCCGGAAGCUUCCAGGGCAUGGCACAGCUAUCGGCGUGUUUUCACUGGAGGCGGACGAGGGCCGCGAUGUCAAACCACUCCCCCCAGGGGCGGAGUCACCCUUCAUGCCCAUUCGCUGCUUAGAGUAUGAGGGUGGUGGGGGAGGAACAAACCUUGGGAUACAGAAGGAACCCGUCCGCGAAGUCCUGCUGGAGUCAAAGCGCUCCCCCAAGCUUGAGCACAAGGCUGUGAUACGGGUGAAGAGCAUGAUGAGCAUAGAGUGCAAUAACCUAUCGAACCAGCCCAAGGGGGAGGAGACACACCCAUCCAGUGUCCAGACUGCGCCCUGCCCCCUGGUCUGCCCAAUGCCCCUCUGCAAAAAGGCCGAGCUCCGUAAAAUGGGGAGUGCAUGCACUACAGAGACAGUGCUACUGCAGAGGAAUGAGGAGGAGUCCUUUGGUCUUGAUCUGGAGAUCAAGUCCUCCCCCCUCAAAGUGCUGAUUACUGGGCUACAGCCAGGAGGGCCUGCAGAAAGAAGCCUCUCCAAACGACAAGGCUUGUUGGGUGCUCACGGUAAACCAUGGAAUCCAUGGGCAAGCUAUGUGUUGGAGAUGAGAUACUAGGGAUAGGAGACAAAUUGCUGUGCACCUCCACUUAUCAAGAAAUCUGCGAUGUCUUGCACAACCCCCCAGUAUCUCUCACUUUAUAUGUUAAGAAGCCAGUUUCAGCUGUCAACCGACUUUCCAGCCUCGUGAUGUCAGUAGGUAGUGAUGGAAUGUCCUGCAAAAACCUUUUGGAGGGAAAUCCAGAAGAACUGGAGAAGGACUGUAAAAAUCUGGAAGGUGCUGCUAUGCAACCAGAG